CGGGACAAGAGGCGGGGGGCGCACCCGCAGCAGAUGGCUCCUGUCGUGGCGAAACUACACAAGAAGUAGACCACACUACGCCCCUGCCGGCCACUUCGAAUUCAUCUUCUUCUAGCGGUCUUCUUGGUCCUGUACCUCUCAGCGAGGCAAUUCUGCUUGCAGCAAGGACAACUUCUAGCAGCAGUAGCACCUCCCCUACUGCUCGGGAGGAGCUCGAGGCCGCAAGGGAUCAUCUACUUCAGAGCCCACAAAUGGAGCUCGUGAUCGCGAUGAGUGAGAGCCAAGAAAUGUUUAAGCAGGUCAAGGACAGUACUUCCAGUUGUACAGAAAGGGACGAAGUACAUCUUCUAGAGAAGGAUCACGAGGACCGCGCAUUACUGCAACGUCUUGGCAAAGAUGAACAACAUCAGCGAAGAUCAGGGGUGGCGAAGGGCCUGCCGAUGUCACCGGCGCUGCGAGUCGUUUUGCUGCUGGUCGACCUCUGCGGCGAGGACUGCUUUCAGGAUAUCCUGCACGACUAUUCGCAAAAGAAGUUUAGUUCGCUGGAAAGUACUUCUGUAAGUAGGGACGAGGAGCAUGAUGGUGCAGGAGCGGAUGUUCUUUCACUGACUACACAAGAACAUCAUGGUGAGGGAUCUCGUCAUGGUCUGCCUAAAAACGCCUUUGAAGUAGAGCACCAGCAGCUGCACCACGACGACCCACUGGCCUUCGAGGGGGGAGCGGCGCCCACGACGUACACCCGGGCGCACGUGAGGAAGACCGACCAGCAUCCCGCGGCGUAUUAUGACCAAAUAUUGGCAGCAGAAUUAGUGCGAAAUUGGAAGACCACGGGUUACGCGGAGGACGAUCAUUCCAUCCGUCACAUGCGAGCGGGAACACUGAGCAACCGAAGUAAAAAGCACCAGAGUGGCACGAGGAAUUUGUUUCGGUUCCUG